AUGGCGGCGAGCGCGAAUCCGUCCGGGAACAAUCAGGAAGGUUCGUCGGCGGCGCAGAAGGUAUCGUCUUCAUCGGCAGCAGCUACGAAUGGUGCUGCUGUAAAUUCGGUCGAUAAUGGUGGUAAUACAGGCGGCUCCGCCGCCGCGGCCGAUAAUUCUCAGACGAUUAGCGCGUUGAGGCAUAAUCCGGGGAUCUCUGUCGAUUGGACUCAUGAGGAGCAAUCGUUAUUGGAAGAUUUGCUCGCCAAGUAUCUUCUUGCUCUCUCUCUCUCCACCUCUUCGUUUUAG